AGUAUUUUAUUUUCUUCUUCUUGUAGUCUCUAAGCACUGCGUCUCGUCCAUCCAUGACUUUGCGGGACCACCGUCACCGGCGUCAGAGUCGUCGUCUGUCUACCUGCCACCGCCACCCAGCUACCACACCCGUUACAUCCUUCUGUGCGUCAUGUCUCCGGGAACGCCUCGCCGGCAUCCAACACGACUCUCCUACCACAACCCCAACUUCUACCACCUCCUCAACCUCCCAGCUCCGCCGAUCUAAAUCCUGCUCCGGCGGCCAUGACCCAUCUUCCUCUGCCGCAUCCGAGCUUCGCCGCAAGUCUUGUGACGUAAGACCACAUAAUACUCUCUACGAUCUUUUCGCCGUCGACGAUGAAAUAAAAAUCCUUAAUGCGGACCUCCCUCCUUCAAAUGGUGUAUCUUUUCAAGGUUUUGAAGGGGGAGGAGAAGAAGAAGAAGGAGGAGGAGGAGGAGAGUUAAAAACGAUGAAGGAAUUCAUAGAUCUCGAAUGUGGAAGGAAAAAAGCCUCGGGGAAAUCUCUAUGGGAAGCAGCUUCCGUUUUUAGCAAGAAAUUGAGGAAAUGGAAGAAAAAAGAGAGGAAAAAGGAGAAAAACGAUGGUUUGGUUCAUGAGAAGGCAAGCGGAAGGGGAUUAAGAGAUACCCAAUCGGAGACCGGGGAAUAUGGGUUGUUUGGGAGAAGAUCUUGUGAUACUGAUCCUAGAUUAUCAGUUGAUUUUGGGCGUUUCUCUGUUGAUGAUUCAAGGUUUUCCAUGGAUGAGCCAAGGGCUUCUUGGGACGGUUGUUUGAUUGGGAAACAGAACCCAAAUGUUAACGAGGAACCCAGUUUUCGGGAAGAGAAAUUGAGUGCUGUAAAAGAGGAAGAAAGGAUUAGCCCUGGUGGGUCAGCUCAAACGAGAGAUUAUUAUGCGGAUUCUAUGACUCGGAGGAGAAGUUUUGACCGUUCAUUGCGGAAUAGGAAGAUAAGUUUAGGGGAAGCUGAUGAUUUUAAGUCUUCGAUUUUGAAUGCUAAAGUGUCACCGGAGACUGUUGGGCUGUUUCAUGGGGCGAAACUGUUGGUUACCGAGAAGGAAUUGAGGGAUUCCAAUUGGUAUUCUAAUGUGGAAUCUUGUUCUGCGGAUGUUGAACUUGUUACUAAUGGAGUGGUUGGUCAAAAAGCUUUUAAUUCGAAGAAGGCGAGGGGUUGGAAGAAUGUAUGGAGUAUCUGGGGUUUGUUACAGAGGCAAAAACAAAGGGAAUUUGGAGAUGAAGUUAAGAAUUUUGGAGGAAAUGUAGGGAAUGUGAGGCUAGCAGAGUCAGUGCAGAGGCUUCAAAGGGUGGUUAAUGGAGAGGAAGAUAGAGUUAUCGAAGGAAAUGCAGGUGAAGGGACACUUGUGGAUUCAUUGCAAAAGCUUAGGAGGCUUGCUGAUGGAGGUGAAAGUAAAGCUAUAGGGGGAAAUGUGGACGGAACUCUAGCAAAGUCGUUGCAGAAGUUAAGAGUGGCCAAUGGAGUUGAAAAUGGGAAUGUUGUAAGAGAGAAGCUUCUCCGGAGUUUUAGUGUUAGCGCUCGGAAUUCAGUUGAUGGAUCAUCUUUCUAUAGGAUGAGUGUGACCGAUGCUAAAGGCAAUGGUCCGAAGAGAAGGGAUAAUCAUAUGUUGCAGCCAAAUAGGAGUGUGAGGUAUUCUACUAACAACCUUGAUAAUGGCCUAUUGCGGUUCUACUUGACUCCAUUGAGGGGUUACAGGAGAAGCAAAUCUGGAAGUAGGCUAAGAAACUCGAACUCUAUAGGUGGCAGUAUACUGUAGCUGUGCUUACCACAAUGGAAAAUUUGGAACAGUAUCUUGAUAUUGCUAGUAUGGUUAGAAUUGUCGUAGAAUUGGCUUUAGCAUUUACAAGAAAUGAAAUAACUUUGCUGAGAAAUUUCUGGUGAGGUCUUUUAUGUUGAUUUCGGCUUGUAAUUGUUUAUUUAUGCAUCCUUUAGUCUACUUUUCUUUUGCUUUCUUAUACAGUGAAAUCCCAGAGGCACUGCAUCGACUUAUUCUUGCUUCAUACUAACUGGUCUGUGCUAGUGGAGCUGUCAUACUCAACUAUAGCAAAAAGAUGGGAGUUACUGUAGGUAUGUUUAACAUGUUAUUGAAAUGCAUGUUAUUGAAAUGCUUUGUAUGCAUAAUUCGUGAUCACUAGUUUCGUGAACAAGUUUUGAUACUUGGAGUGUUGAUUAUUCAUCUUCUGCAAGUUGACUUCUAGUAGUAGAUCCUCUUGGGCGUUAUUGUAAUAAGGUUGCUCAAGAUUGUAGCCUCUUGGGCGUAAUUGUAAUAAGGUUGUUAGCUUCUGGGGCUCUUAAUUCUGGGUGUACCUUAUUUUUUGACUCGGUUUGUCCCAAAGUUAUCUUAUCGGAUGUAUUCAAUGACA